AUGUGCUUCCGAGCAGAGCCCAAGAAGCGGUACUAUUACCACGAGGAGAUCAUUCCCGUGCGACAAGCCCGCCACCAUCACCACCACUCGCACGCGCCGCGGGCGAGCUACCACUCCCACCAUACACACAGCCCGCGCGUGAGCACGAGCAGCUACCGGCGCAGCGGCCCGGUCGUCUACACCGAGCGGACCAGCAGAACCAAAUACGUUUAA